ACUCCAUUUUAUCAUCACGGCUCCAGCUGCUCUCUGUUGAAGCAGACAGUUUGGUGGCUCCAUGGACAAGAAGGUGGUGCUGAUUACAGGCUGCUCCUCGGGAAUCGGUCUCAGCCUGGCUGUCCGGCUGGCCUCUGAUCCCAACAAAACAUUCAAAGUGUAUGCCACGAUGAGAAACCUGGCCAAGAAGGAGCGUCUUUUAGAGUGUGUGAAAAGCCUGCACAAGGAUACCUUGGACAUACUCCAAAUGGACGUGACCAACCGGCAGUCCAUCCUGGAUGCGAGGGACAGGGUUGUGGAGAAACGAGUGGACAUUCUGGUGUGUAACGCUGGCGUGGGUUUGAUGGGUCCGCUGGAGGUGCAGUCCUUGGACUCGAUGAGGCAGAUUCUGGAGGUCAACCUCCUCGGUACCAUCCAGACCAUCCAGGCUUUCCUGCCGGAGAUGAAGGCUCAGGGCCAGGGCCGUAUUCUGGUCACCGGGAGCACCGGGGGGCUUCAAGGCCUCCCCUUUAAUGAGGUGUACUGUGCCAGUAAAUUUGCAAUAGAGGGAGCGUGUGAGAGUUUGGCUGUCCUCCUGCAACACUUCAAUAUCCACGUGAGUCUCAUUGAGUGUGGUCCAGUCAACACCGACUUCCUGUUCAACCUGCAGAAGGCAGAGCUCGGGGAUACGUCUCUCCAACAGGUCGAUGCCCUCACACUCAGCCUCUAUGAGAAAUACCUGCAGCACUGCGCCUCCGUUUUCCAAAACGCAGCACAGGACACUGAGGACAUUGUAAAGGUAUUUCUGGAUGCCAUCCAGUCACCCAGCCCUGCAUUCAGAUACUUCACCAGCGGUGCCGUGCCACCUCUCACCAAGCUGAAGACCACUGAGCCAGACGGCUCGCGGUACAUCAGCGCUUUGAGCAAAAUCAUGUUCUCAGCUGAGGAACAAUGAUUCUGCCACUCCUUGCUUCUUCUUUUUCUUUCUGUGCAGACGUUGAUGUUUUUGCUCUUUCACUUUUGAUUUGACACGCUGUGACUCACUCUGGUUGCGUAACUGGAAAGGGCAGGUGGUUCACAGUUUUGGAAGUUCACAGGAGGGUGUGACUCCAUGCUUCUCUUUUAGUUUGUCACUUAUCAAAAGUUAUAUUCCUUAUUACAAUAUA